GGUUGUGUAACUCUCUGGGGAAUCGUUGCCUAAGCCGCUGGGAGGCUGGAGGGCGUGGCCUCAGAACGAGAGUCCCUAUUGGCUUCGCUGCUCGCGGGAGGGUGGGAUGGUGCAGCCGCUCUUGUUGCUCAUUGGCCCAGUAAUUCCAUGGGGUGGGACUUGGCUGGGCCUAAAUUCGAUCCGCGGUCCUGGACCGGUUUCUGGGCAAAGCUACCAUGCGUUCCGGGGGCCGCGGGCGGCCUCGGCUACGGCUCGGGGGACGCGGCCUCUUGCAGCCACCCUCCCCGCCCAAUCGCCGCCUGCUACCGCGGGCGCAGCAGCUGCCGCUGCUGCUGCUGGCGCUGGCCGUGGCCUCGGCGUUCUAUACCAUCUGGAGCGGUUGGCACCGCGGGGCUGAGGAGCUGCCGCCCGGCCGAGAGCUGCGGGGCCCAUUGAUCGCGAGCCUCCCCGAAGCCCGAAUGCGGAAGGUGGUGGGGCAACUGGACCCACAGCGUCUAUGGAACACUUACCUGCGCCCCCUGCUGGUUGUGCGAACGCCGGGCAGCCCGGGCAGUCUCCAAGUCAGAAAGUUCCUGGAGGCCACUUUGCGGACCCUGACGGCAGGCUGGCACGUGGAGCUGGACCCCUUCACAGCCUCAACGCCCCUGGGACCACUGGACUUUGCCAAUGUGGUGGCCACACUGGACCCAGGGGCUGCCCGUCACCUCACCCUUGCCUGCCAUUAUGACUCGAAGCUCUUCCCAUCUGAGUCAGCCCCAUUUGUGGGGGCCACGGAUUCAGCUGUGCCUUGUGCCCUGCUACUGGAGCUGGCCCAGGCCCUGGACCAGGAACUGAGUAGAACCAAGGAUCAGGCAGCCCCAGUGACCCUGCAGCUGCUCUUCUUGGACGGCGAAGAGGCGCUGAAGGAGUGGGGACCCAAGGACUCCCUCUAUGGCUCCCGGCACCUGGCCCAGCUCAUGGAGUCUGCACCCCACAGUCCUGGCCCCACCAGGAUCCAGGCUAUUGAGCUCUUUAUGCUUCUUGAUCUCCUGGGAGCCCCCCAUCCAACCUUCUACAGUCACUUCCCCCGCACGGCCCGCUGGUUCCAUCGGCUGAAGAGCAUCGAGAAGCGCCUGCAUCGUUUGAACCUGCUACAGGCUCACCCCCAGGAAGUGAUGUACUUCCAGCCCGGGGAGCCCCCUGGCUCUGUGGAAGACGACCACAUCCCCUUCCUCCGCAGAGGGGUCCCCGUGCUCCACCUCAUCUCCACGCCCUUCCCCUCUGUCUGGCACACCGCUGAAGACUCUGAGGCCAAUCUGCACCCACCUACGGUGCACAACCUGAGCCGCAUCCUCGCCGUGUUCCUGGCUGAAUACUUGGGGCUCUAGCCUGCCGGGUUGACCCUGAAGGAGAAAGACCCAGCAGGGAAUGUGGCAGGGGCACCGGGAGCCAGCGAGCUCAGGCCGGGCCCACCUCGGCUGUGCUGGCCUGUCCUGUUUAAUGCCUUUGGCUCUGCUUGUGCUGUUACUGGAAGACCCUCUCUCCUUUGAGUAUCUCAAGCUGCCACUCUUCAAAGACACGGAAGAGACCGUUGUGGGGUGAGAGCCAAAGGAAUAAGAGCUUGGGCCCUGCUCUGAGGGAGACAUUGGGCUGAAGAAGUUCGCAAGGGCAACUGCUAUUCUUGGUUUUAGUCAGCAAACCGUGGACUGGCAUAUGGACCAGCAACACCACCCAACCCAGUGAAUUCUCUGUGGCUGUUGUUUUUGUGGCACUUCCUUCUCCAGAGUGUCAGCCUUGCUACUGCACCGUCCAAACCCAGCUCCCGCGUGGAUGUGCCAUGUGGGGCCCACAGAGGAUGUGCUCCUAAGCGGGAGCAGGAGAUGGAAGCCAAUACGUGGGAACUCCAGAUUCUGCAGACCCAAUAGGCAAUAAUCUAGUAACAUAUUCUGCAGAACUUUAAAGGUGUUGCAUGAAAGAAGGGAUCAAGGAAGAAGGGUGAGCCAUUAAAUGAGUUCAUUGCACAAUGUGAAUUUUCAACGGUAA